AUGGCCUGGACCAGAAGGAAGACAACACAAUUACAGAGCUUCGAAAGAGGUGGUGCAUCAGCAGUCACUUAUGACCUCUCUCAACCACAUCGUAUCACCAUCACCAUACCGAACAACUCAACAUGGACCUCUGGACCUCAUUGGCACGAGACCCACGAUGAGUACCUCCAGAUUCUACAGGGACGUGCAUCGGUUAGAGUUGGCAGCCAAGUCAGAGAACUCGGCCCUGAAAAUGGUAUCGUCGAGGCACCCAGAUAUACCGUCCAUGAAUGGCGACGGGCUGUAAAACCCAAUUCUGAAACACUCGUGGUCCGAGAAUGGACUGCGCCUGAGGACGGGCAGAAAGAAGGCUUCUUCCGAAUGCUGAAUUCUUUCUUGACGGAACCUCAAGCAGCGCUUCUGUAUCAGGCGCCGUUUGCCAUGCCUGUUUGGGCUGAAAGGUGGAUUGAAGGAUGGAUUGUGCCCUUACAACUAUUCAUUGUCUUUCAAGCAUGGGACAAUUGGCCUGUGCUGUAUGGAGACGACAGUGGGUGGAUCAGCUGGACAGCAACACACUUCACACUUUGGGUGUCCUCAUGGGCGGGUUCGGUGCUUGGACUGCACGGUUCCUAUAAUCAAUACAUCGAUAAGGGCGCACUGAUGAGGGGCAGCCAUCAUUCGAGGGAGAACAAGAAGACGCCACCAUGA